CCGCCUGCUCGCCAGCCCGCCCCUCGGGCCCCGGCGCCAGACGAGGAGGUGGGCAGCCGCGCCAGCCAUGGACCGCCAGAGCUGAAGGGCCGCCGCGGAGCCCCUGGCCCUCGCCCCUUCCCAGCCCACGCCCGCGGUGCCCUCGCCCCUCUUCGCCCUUCGCCUGGGGAAGGCGGGGGAAAGACGGGGAUUAACCCGAAGAGAGAAAGAGGGGAGGGGGGAGCCAGUGUCUCCCCCGGGGCAAUCGCUCAUCGCCCCCGAAACCGCCGCGCAGAGCGUUCGAGGGACGACUUUUACCCAUUUUGCGCCCCCUUUUUGCCAAACCCUAAAAUGAAAGGACAAAAGUUGGCGCUGACUCUUGUAGUCCGGAUGGCGACUUGUGCAUUUUCAGCGGCAUCUCCCGGAGAAAAAGCCAUGCGCGCCUGAUUGUUCUGUGGCCCCAAAGCUUCAGUGUGUGUGGGGGUGGGUGGGUGGUGGGUGUGUGUCUGUGUCUGUGUGUGUACACAGACGUCCACACACUCACUAGCGGCCGCAGGAUCAGCGCCUGGAAGCAGACGUUUCGGCCACAGACUUGGAGAGGAGGAGCUGGAGAUCAGGAGGCGUGAGCCGCCGGGAGUUUGCAGAAUCCGUGGUGUGAAUGAACUGGGGGCACCUGGGCGCGCGGAUCGCCCCCGCCCCCGCCCCGGGCCAGAGUUGAGUAGUGGGGCAUUUUUUUCACCCUCUUGUGAAGAAUUUUUUUUUUUUAUUAUUUGUUGUAAAGUCUUUUGCACAAUCACGCCCACAUUUGGGGUUGGAAAGCCCUAAUUACCGCCGUCGCUGAUGGACGUUGGAGAGGGAGCGCCUCGCCGAGGAACAGUCGCCUGCACGCCCUCGCCGGACCCGCGGCUCCCUUGUUGCGCGCCGGCUCGGCUUUGCUCCUGCUGCCGGCCGGCGGGCUUCGGCGCCCCCUCGGCUCCCGGGCGCAUCCCGGCGCUGCUCCGGCUCUGGCCCUCGGACUCGGGCGCCAGUGACCGCUUCGCCACCGAUUUCCUGCGCCUGCCGGACGCGCCCAGGAGGAGCCCGAAGCUCUGCGCGGGAUCGUCCCCCCAGGCUUAACCCGGCCGCUCCGCUCGGAUUCCUUGGCUGCCCUCGCUCUGGUGGCGACUUCCUCCCCGCGGCCGCGUCCCCUCCCCCUCGCCAUGAAGAAGUCGAUUGGAAUAUUAAACCCAGGAGUUGCUUUGGGGACGGCUGGGAGUGCAAUGUCUUCCAAGUUCUUCCUAAUGGCUUUGGCCAUAUUUUUCUCCUUCGCCCAGGUUGUAAUAGAAGCCAAUUCUUGGUGGUCGCUAGGUAUGAAUAACCCUGUUCAGAUGUCAGAAGUAUAUAUCAUAGGAGCACAGCCUCUCUGCAGCCAGCUGGCAGGACUUUCUCAAGGACAGAAGAAACUGUGCCACUUGUACCAAGACCACAUGCAGUACAUCGGAGAAGGCGCGAAGACGGGCAUCAAAGAGUGCCAGUAUCAGUUCCGGCAUCGGCGUUGGAACUGCAGCACCGUGGACAACACCUCUGUGUUCGGCCGGGUCAUGCAGAUAGGCAGCCGCGAGACGGCCUUCACGUACGCGGUGAGCGCCGCGGGGGUGGUGAACGCCAUGAGCCGCGCGUGCCGCGAGGGCGAGCUGUCCACCUGCGGCUGCAGCCGCGCCGCGCGCCCCAAGGACCUGCCGCGGGACUGGCUGUGGGGCGGCUGCGGGGACAACAUCGACUACGGCUACCGCUUCGCCAAGGAGUUCGUGGACGCGCGCGAGCGGGAGCGCAUCCACGCCAAGGGCUCGUACGAGAGCGCGCGCAUCCUCAUGAACUUGCACAACAACGAGGCCGGCCGCAGGACGGUGUACAACCUGGCCGAUGUGGCCUGCAAGUGCCACGGGGUGUCGGGCUCCUGCAGCCUCAAGACGUGCUGGCUGCAGCUGGCCGACUUCCGGAAGGUGGGCGACGCCCUGAAGGAGAAGUACGACAGCGCGGCGGCCAUGCGGCUCAACAGCCGGGGCAAGCUGGUGCAGGUCAACAGCCGCUUCAACUCGCCCACCACGCAGGACCUGGUCUACAUCGACCCCAGCCCCGACUACUGCGUGCGCAACGAGAGCACGGGCUCGCUGGGCACGCAGGGCCGCCUGUGCAACAAGACGUCGGAGGGCAUGGACGGCUGCGAGCUCAUGUGCUGCGGCCGCGGCUACGACCAGUUCAAGACCGUGCAGACGGAGCGCUGCCACUGCAAGUUCCACUGGUGCUGCUACGUCAAGUGCAAGAAGUGCACGGAGAUCGUGGACCAGUUCGUGUGCAAAUAGCGGGUGCCCGCUGCCCGCGCCUCACCCAGCCCCGCUCCCAGACCCACUUAUUUAUAGAACGUACAGUGAUUCUGGUUUCUCUUUUAAUAUUGUUUUAUUCCCCUCCUCCCCCCAGCAUUGCAACCGGAAGCAUUUUUUUUCCUGUUCC